UGUUGUCCAAAGUCAGGCAGGAGGUGAACUUGAAACUGCUUGGCCAUAGGCAUGGUAGUAGUAGUAGUAGUAGGUGCUAAAGUUGAAGGCAACCGAAACUGCCAAUAAAUCGAUGCCUUCACACUGAGGAUAUUGUUGCCAUGGCAAUCCAAAGUUCUUUGCAGGGCCAAACAUGUCAGAACCAUCACCCUCGCCGUGAAUCUUAUAAACAAAUUGCGGCGGAUGCCAGUAAAGCAGAAAAAAUGGGAAUGUUGCACAAUUUGGCCGAUUUGAUAAAGAUAAAAAAAGACAAAAUGACGAUCCUAGUGCUGGGCCUGAACAACAGUGGCAAGUCGACGAUAAUCAACCACUUUAAGAAGCCGGGUGACCAGUCGGCCAUUAUGGUGCCUACAGUGGGAUUUAUGGUGGAGCAGUUUUACAGCAUGGCAGGAGUUAGCAUCAAGGCGAUCGAUAUGUCGGGUGCCACACGCUACAGAAACCUUUGGGAGCAUCAGUUUAAGAACUGCCACGGAAUAAUAUACGUUAUUGACUCCAGUGAUCGCAUGAGAUUCGUUGUGGUCAAAGAUGAGUUGGACCUGGUGCUACAGCAUCCCCAUUUGUGCAAUCGGAUUGUUCCCAUUCUCUUUUAUGGCAACAAAUCGGACGCAGAGGACUCCCUAUCCAGCGUCAAAAUAGCAGCAGCACUCAGUUUGGAGAACAUCAAGGAGAAACCCUGGCACAUCUGCUCCAGCAAUGCCAUAUCCGGCGAGGGCCUCGGCGAAGGUGUCCAGUGGCUGGUUCAGCAAAUGCGUUUCGCAAUGCUAAGCAACAAGGACGCCUCGAAAGCAAAGUCCAAGAAUACCAAAUGAGUCUCAUUCCCCGUUAAUGUUUCUU